UUCAUUCUGUUUUUUUUUUUCUCUUUUCUUUUACAAUGUCCGUAGAAGAGUUUGCAAACUUAGUGUUAUUCUAUUCACUGUCCUGUCAUGGUUCAAGAAACCAGUGCCUCUCCUUGUUUAUUGCUUGCUUAUCUGCUCUUUGGAUUUGUUUUUGCAGAUCACCGGCACAAGGUUGUUCGACAUUAAGACAUUAUCUGACCAGAUCGAGCUUCUCCUAAGAAGAUUUACUGCUUUUGGUGUCAUUUUUGCGGAGCAUGCACAGAUGGAACCAGUUUCUAAUAUCGCAAGGAAGGCAAUUCAUGCUUGGGGAGGGAGUAGAAACGUCAAUGUCGGGACUGAGUCAUGUUCCAUAUGUUUGGAAGCUGCAUGUUUAAACCUUUUUUAUGAAAUUCCCCCGUGCUUGCAUAGAUAUUGUAAACAGUGUUUGUCAAAGCACGUACAAUUCAAACUUCUUCAAGGUUUACUCCCGAAGUGUCCGUAUGAAGAUUGCAGUUCAGAACUCAAGAUUUAUGAUUGCCAAAAGUUUUUAAAUGACGACUGGGUUGAAAUAAUGAAGGAUAGGUUGAAGGAGGCUGCCAUUCCACCGAAAGAAAAAUUGUACUGUCCCUACAGUACAUGCUCCACCCUUCUUUCAAUGAGUGAAAUUCGGUCUCAAAAACAACUUCGACAAUCAUCAGCCAGUUCGUCUAACGAUGCCGGGCAGUCUGGUGCUAUAGAAUGCCCCAACUACUUUUGCUCGAGUUGUAAGGUCCCUUGGCAUGACAAUUUAUCGCGUUCCGAGUUCAAAGAAUUGGAUCAAGUCACAGAAGCAGAUGAAAAGUUACAAGCUCUGGCAACACAAAAAAUGUGGCGGCAAAUUCCUAAUAAUAAUAAUUAAAAAUAAAAAAUAAAAAAUUAUUACUAUUUUAUCUCGUGGUAUUUCAAAUAAAAUAGGAAAACUCAAUUUUGUGAGCCGCAAUUAGGACUUGUCAAACUACUGGUAUAAGUACCUCUGCUGGCCCUACAAUAAAGUA